AUUAUAACCAUGGAUCUCCAAGGACAGCCCAUCCCCCCUGGCCAGAGAAGCACCAAGGUCACUUCCGACCCUGAGCGCAGAAACAACCCUAUCCAAGAGCCAUCUGGCCCCAUCACCAACGACUCCUUGGCCGCCGAAUCAGCCACCCAGGGCGGCGCUUUCUCUCAGAACCGCGGAGCUCAGCCCAUGGGCGUUUCCGCAGGACAAUCCACUGUCCGAAACACCGACACCAGUGCUGCCACUAAGCUCGACUCCAACGCCGACACCCAGGACAGGUACCCCGAGGGUCUAGGCGGACAGGGCAACUACCCUGGCGCUCACCUUCCCGAGUCCGGCUACGUCGGUGGUCCCACCUCUGCGCAGAAGGAACUCGGUAUCGGCCAGGGCCAGUACCCUGCUUCUCAGAAGCUGUCUCAGCAGCAACAGUCCUCUGGAGGAGGAAGAAGCGGUGGUGCUAGCUACUCCCAGCAGCCGCCGCAGCAGCAGCCCGCUCAGGCUAGUGGCAGCGGCUACAGCAGCCAGUACAAUGCUGGAGCUGCGCCGUCUUACGUUCACGAUGUGACUGGUAGCUUGAGUGACAGCAAGCCCAAGGGUGUCAACCUGAAGGAAGGAGAUAUUCCUGAUGAUGCACCGAACGCUAGCUGGACUACUGAUAUCGGUAGCGAGAAUGACCCCGGUCGCUUGGCGCAGGGUGGCUUCCAGCGUAAGACUGCGGAGAGUGGUCCUGACGGUACCAAUGCCGGCAGACAGAAGGGCAUCGAUAACCAGCACCCGUACCAGGCUUUGCAGUCGGACCAGAGGGCUUGA